AUGGUCUCUAAGAAUACUCCAACAAACAACACAAGCUGCGAGCUUACAGUGACUUCGAACACGGGCGAUGACUCGCUUCUUCAGUUGAUGCUGCAAGGCACCAGUGACGACACCGCAACAAUCUCAUCCUCUUCAAGCGCAGCACAAGAAGAACUGCCCCAAACUUCAAACCAUUCCAUGCACCAAAAUAUGAUUCGCAUCCUUGAUGAGGCCAUAGACCUUGUCACAGAAGACGAUUUGUUCUUUCCUUCCAAUGAUCUCUUCAUGUCGACGCCGUCUCCCGAAGAAAAUGGGCGUAAUCGACAUCCAAGACAGUAA